ACGGACGGGCUUACCUUAGACGAAUAUGCUGUAUGCCAUCCAACAUUUCCUUAGGACAGGCCAUAUGGACAAGUUUAAGAGUUGGUAUAUUUUAUAACACCAUCAGUUGCCCCCUCGUCCAUAUGGAUCGUCUAAAGGAAUGUGUAGUUUGGCAUCAUUUCCUUGGACGUGUGUAUUUAAUGUCUACAGUUAGAUGUGCCACGUGUCAUAAUUUUAUCGAUGAUCAGUCUCGUCGUUUAUUUUUUGAGGGGUAAGCCACAUGUCAUAUCCUAGUUGGUUGUGUCGUUUCGAAUACCCAAGUCAGUUGUCUAUAAAUAGUGGAAUUCCUCCUCUACCCUUUACAUUUCUGAAAUUUUCCUUCGUCUAGAAGUCUCUUCGCGUCCAUAGUCCUCUUUCGUCUAGAGCUAGGUAUUCUCUUCCUUCUCGUCCUUAGGUUUUUGGUUUCCAAAAAAUGUCUGAAACUGUUAUUUCUUCGUCUAGCAAUAGUACAGAGAAAGCUAUAGACGAGUAUUAUGAUACAAUCAGUGAAAGUGGUUCUAGUAAUAGUAGCCAUAGUAGUGAGGAGAGUUCUACGAACGAGGGAUAUACUUCUGGUGUCCCUAGGCUUCCUUUAGAAGUAAUCCAAGAACAACUUAGGAAAGCCUCUGGUUCCCAAGUUGGUACCCCGUCCAGUGUCCCUCCGUCUAGUCCUUUGGAUGAAGAGGAGACCGUCUAUAGUUGUGUAGUAGGUAUUCAUUCCAAAACGAAUGAGCAAAGGCUUAACAAUUUUAGGACAUGGUACCAAAUUCCGGAUGAGCUUAACCCUAAGUUGCCCGUCCGUGGAGAAUGGUGCUGUAAUCCUCGUUUUGGAGUAGGCGUCUAUGAGGCUUAUUUCUUGGGGGGUUUUAGGUUGCCUUUGAAUGCAUUUGCUAGAGAGUUAUUGGUUAGGUUAGGUUUAGGUAUAUGUUAAUUCAACCCUAACGCGUGGAGAUUAGUUAUCUCUAUGCAAAUUUUGUGGAGGGAAGUCUUUGGAAGGGACCAUCCUCUUACUGUGGACGAGUUCCUCUUUUGUUACAAACCUUCAGAGAUAAAUCAAUCUCUAGGCUUUUACCAAUUCAUAGCUAGGGGUAAAGAUUGUAGAUUAAUCAAGUCCCUAGCCUCGUUUGACAGGAAUUGGAAGACAGAGUUUAUCUUUGUCUCCGGUUUUUGGGCAGGGAACCCUGUGGACGUUGGCAAGGACCCUUUUGCCCCUUAUUCUGGGGACUUAGGGAACUUUCAUCCUGAAGGUGUUAAACGACCUUCCUUGAGUAAAUUUCACCAUGACCGCGUCCACAGGGCUCGUCUUUACGUCAAUAGGGAUUUUCAUUCUUUGGUUACCUUACGACGUCUUGCCAAGUGGGGACUUGCUCACAAGGUUAUAGUGCGAAGAAGUAAGUUUCCAUCUAAUGGUCGUUUGAACAUCCUGUCAUAUUUCCUGAUAUAUUUAUAA